UGUACUGUUUUUUUUAUGCUGAACUUUCCUUCAGGAAUAGGGAUUUUUUUAGUGUUUUAUUUCGACAAUUCCACCAACAACAUGGAUUACAGCGAUGUUCUGCCAAAGAAAUAUCCAACCAUUGCCGACUUUUAUGCUGGGAAAACUGUCGCAAUGACAGGCGGAACUGGGUUCCUGGGCCAAGGUAUCACUGAGAAAUUACUGAGAUGUUGUCCUGAUAUAAACAAGAUAAUAUUGUUUAUUCGACACAAGAGAAAUUGUGACCCGAAAGAGAGACUACAGCAACUGGCACAGAAACCGGCCUUUGAUAUUCUUCGAAAAACUCAACCGAAUUUCGCGGAAAAGCUCGCUUUCGUGUCAUGUGACCUUGAAGCAGAUGACCUCGGAUUAAGCAAGGAAGAUCGGAAAACUUUGCAGAACGAAGUCAACGUGUUUUACCACUCAGCUGCUACUCUCAAGUUUAACGAGCAUUUAAGAAUAUCAUUCGACAUCAACGUACAGUGCGUGCGGAAACUGCUCAAACUUAGAUGGGACAACCUUCAAGCAUUUGUUCACAUCUCCACUGCGUACGCUCACACUGACAGAAAAUUUGUCGGUGAAGAGUUUUAUGAUUGCGGUGUCGACUAUCUGGAUUUGGAAGCCAUGUUCAAAUGGAUGGAUGACGAUACUGUUGAACAACUAACUCCAAGUCUUCUAAAAUCCAGACCGAACACAUACACGUUAACAAAGGCGUUGGCAGAAGACGCUGUGUGUCGUGAGUCAGGAAAUCUUCCAAUCUGUAUUGUUCGUCCAAGUAUGAUCAUACCUGCAUGGCGGGAACCAAUGCCGGGUUGGUGUACAAACGUCUACGGACCCACUGCGUUCAUCAUUGCCUAUGGGAAGGGUGUGCUUCGAUGCUGCUUAGCCGACCGCAAAAUUAACGCGGAUAACAUACCAGUCGACUUCAUUGUAAACGGCGCAGUCUCCGCUGGAAUGAAAACUGCUUGCGACUUCGUCCAUAGACGGAGAUCAUCAGGUUACAACAGCAGCGAUGGUGAAGAAAGUCUGGACGAUGGCGUUGAAGAACUCUCAAGCGGCACGGAAAGAAGUGACAGUCCGGGUUCAUCAGUUUUUGCUGAGAGCGCUGUGGUUGAAAUUCCCUCUUCAGAAGCUGCACGAAAAUCCACAAAGAUUCCGAUUUACAACAUCAACAGUUCAACCACAAACCCGUUGCUCUUGCACGAUUUGGAGAUUUAUACAAAGGAAACUAUAGAUGUUUAUCCAAUGAAGAGCGCAAGCUUCUUUCCCCCUUCGUGUAUUUUAACCACCAACCAAAAAGUGAUGGAUUAUGCCACUUUUGCUCUUCAAACUGUACCUGCUCACAUCAUAGAUACGAUACUUGCACUAACUAAACAGAAACGACAAAUGGUAAAAUGGGAUGGCAAGAUUAGGUCUGGAAUGGAAGUUAUGGGUUUCUUUUUCACCAAUGGAUUUGUCUGGAACCGAGAUGAAACCGAUCGUCUGCAUAACUGCUUGCACCCCAAGGACCAAAAGACAUUUACUCUUGACGCUCGUGCAUUUGUCUGGAGAGAAUAUUUUAAUGAUUACAUCCUCGGAGCAAAGAAGUUUAUCCUCAAAGAAAACAUUGAGGAUUUUUCAAAGGAACAGAAAGCAAUGCAAAGAAUGAAGACUUUGAGCAAAGUCGGUUUGCAAACGAUUGCUGGAGUAAGUGCUCUUGGACUCGCCUCCGCUGUUGGCCUUACAUCGAGUUUAUGGGAAUUAAGCAGUUAUGUUUUGGGUGACGGACUGUCCUGGUUCGUUUAACGUAACAGUCUCCCCCUCCCCCACCCAAAAAAAUAUUAUUUUCCGAACAUAGUUACAGUCUUCCGUUUAUGGACUGAAUUUUUACAAUGUCUCUUUUAUCACUAGAUGAUGCAAUCAAGUAUAUUUUUAAUUAUACAUAUCUGUUUAUUCGAAUUUUCGUAUUUGUUAUUUUGUUCCUUUAUAUUUGCCACUGUGUUUUUCCUUUUUAUCAGUUUUCAGUCUAUAUUUUGGAGUAGUGCAUAUAUUAUGCUACAAAAUGCCAUUUGAGCCUUUGUGUGGCUAUAAGUAAAGUUAAUUACCAACGGUAUGAUAUACGCCUUUUAUUGUGUAUGUAUGUAUUGGUACAUUUGUUUAUUCCUGUUUUUCUUUUAUGUUCCUUAUAAAGUAUGUGCUUGUAAAGUUUGACAUAACUUUUUCUUCCGCUUUGCUACGCAUUUUGCGCUUGACGUGAUUCGUAUUAAUACAAGCAAUUAUAAUGCAAA